UCCCAAAUUACGGUAGACUCCCGCUGGUUCGUUAUUCCAAUCGUGAUGAUAUCCUAAAAUGUACAUAUGCAUCUUUUAAGUUUUAAAAUGGUUUAAUUCUAUAUCUAAGCAAUGUCUCCCUAUCGGCACAACAUUGUUGAAAGGUUAAGAGGUCGCCUAACGUCGUCAUUAUUGUUGAAUAAGAAAGCAUUUAUAAAUUUAUAUGAAAAUAUAUCCAUUACCAAUGGAACGGAAACGCUGCAGUAAACAACGGUAAACAUUAGAGGCGAUAAGAAAUCUAAUUGAGCGACGUAACCAGCAAAAAUUCCGGACACUCUCUCCCGGUCACCGGUCUUCAAUGUCAACCUUAGUCAAAAUUAUCCGUCAAAGUAUUUCCUGCCAAAAUCGACAGCAACAACUACGUAAAAUGGCGAGCGAAAAGGAAAAAAUUAUAAACGUUCAAAGUGCGACCGUUGCCGUGGGGCAGAUGCGCUCCACCAACGACAAGGUCUGGAAUCUAAACCAGGUGAAGAAACUCAUAAAGAAAGCCAAAUCUGAGAACGCACAAAUGCUCUUUCUUCCCGAAUGCUGCGACUUUGUGGGCGAAAGCCGCACCCAGACAAUCGAGCUGGCAGAAAGGCUGGAUGGGAAGCUAGUGGCAGAAUACAAAGAACUGGCCAGGUGCCACCAGAUGAAUGAAAAGGAUUUGGAUAUAGGCACAGCCAAAAUAGACCUUUCCACUCUUGACUCGCGUUAUCAGAGCAUGCCCUGCUUCGAGCAUCGCCGCAAUGAUCUUUACAGCUUGACGGCUUACAUCAUUCGUAGCAGGGAACCCGACACGGAUCGUGCCUUUGCGGAGAACAUGGUGGACAAACAAACCAUUUUCUACGAAUCGGAGCACUGCUUUGCAUUUACCAAUCUGCGUUGCGUGGUCGAGGGUCACAUCUUGGUGUCUACCAAGCGAGUAACCCCGCGUUUGUGCGGACUCGAUUGUGCCGAGAUCACAGACAUGUUCGCCACUGUUUGCAUGGUCCAGCGGCUGCUGGAGAAGAUCUAUCAAACCACAUCGGCCACAGUCACUGUGCAGGAUGGUGCCCAAGCCGUGCAGACUGUUCCCCAUGUCCACUUCCAUGUCAUGCCGCCUCGCAAAGGAGAUUUUGGUCACAACGAUCAGAUCUAUGUGAAGCUGGAGGAUUGCACCGAAAGCAAGCCACCGCGCACACUACAAGAGAGGAUGUUACGAACCUUUGUUUUCUUCGGAGCAAGGCCGGCUAGCCAGUCAUCCCAGGGCUGGGUACUUCCCAAGCCCUCAGGUCGCACAAUAUACCAACUAAUUGGACAUCUCGAACAAAUUGAAACAACAAAAGUAACCGACAAAAAAAAAACUGCAAACGGACUCUACUCGACAAACAACAUUACAGUAACUUCCUUCAACACAGACGUGGACCAGGUCGAGGUGUCGAUGUUUUUACCCCUGACGUACCCUCCCUACCAUGUGCAGCAGCCUUACCCUCUCGUUGCUGUGGCUCCUCUUCCCCCCAUAUGAAACGCUUAGCAAUUCAUUUUCUUCGUUAUAAUUUUCACUUCAAUUUCCUACUUUUACACGGUAUCAUCGCUUCACUAAGCCUGCCUUCUCAUACCCCCCUCAUCUUAUCACUACAGGCGGUUA